CGCCCCAGUCCACACCCCCUACACACACCCUGGGCUCCGCCGCUCCACCUCCCCUUGCGCAGCCGCCUGGCCCGGUGUCGCUGCUGUUGCGCGCUGCGCGUUGCUGGGCAGGGCGGGCGGCGGGGGCUCGCCUUGGUGUCGAAUUCGAUAGAAUCAGCAAGAGUCGGCAAGAAAACACAUCGCUAUGAUCCUGCUAUUGAUACUGUAUCCAGCGCUUGUAGCAAUACAACUCCCCGUUUCUCUGGACAAUGAUGCCGCUGUGCUCGCGUCCCCGAACGCUCGCAACCCCGAACGCUCACCUCCCCACCGUGCCACCUUUCCAACUUCCACUCCAAAGAGCCUGGCAAAACGGUCGACUCGUGUCGCAUCUGCACGAAGCCGUCGCUGGCCAUGAAAUCGCGACCGGGCAGCCCACCCACUACCAUGGCCAGCCCACAUGGGCUCAUAGAUUCCUGCGACAUUGUUACCACCCAAGGCGCCUUCCUCGGCCCUUGCUUGCGCACACCAGUAUUCGAGAACGGCUACGACAAAGACUUCCUUGACAGACUUCAUCGGAAGCUCGAAUUACUUGUCAUGGUGCAAGGAUGGAGAACUGGCAAGUACCGUGAAGCCGCCGACGAAUGGCCUAUCGGACGUACGCCGCCAGAGAUCAAAGAGAGGCGGGCGGCCGAGAUGAAGGCGCAGCGUGAGCUCUGGGACAGCGAUUGCAGCACCGGCGAUGAGGACCCCAACGUCAUUUACACUAGGGUUGGUCCGGGGAAAACAGUAGCAGCACCAGACCGGCCACCGAGACGGCCGACGCCGCCGGUGCCGGGCCAGGCAGACUCGCUCCCCACACCGGCGCUGUCUACCGAAAGCCCUCUGAACACAUCGCACAGGACGAAGCGGCGGAGGAUACCCGAGGAAGGUGAGGAAGCCUCGGUCACGACAGAAGAUGCUGCGCCCAACAUGUUGCAGCAGAAGCGUCAGAAGAGGCAACGGGCUUUCGACGUUGGCGGCGGAGAAAAGGGGGGCAAGGAGCGACGAAGCAAAGUGCGCGUCGCCACUCGUACCAACAGCACAUGGCUGGAAAGACUACGACCACGUCCAAAGCCAUCAGCUGGUUGAGGAUUCCAUCAGAAAGCUUCGCUCGCUUGUGACCAAAGGCCUCAAAAUCCGACUCUCCAUCACCAUGUUGCCAUAGCAGAGGACUGGGCAGAAACGAAACAGCCGAGUCCCCCUCGGACAGCUUCCACUUCCUGGCUAGAAUCCGU